AUGGAUCCAAGCCAUCAUGAUGGAGCAGCAACGAGCCAGCUGUCACGUUCCGCUACUAAGACCGAGGCUACAACGGCUCCACCUCUCGACUUUGUGGCUGAGAGCCCAGUUUCUAUGCAUGCAGCAGUAUCACUUUGCAGUCCUGUAGCCAGCUCCACCUUGUUGACGCAAGUCUUCACGACUGAAACAAUCGUCCCAUCUCUUGGUCCAGUGGCCAGCAUCACAGUGCAGCUGCAAGGACCAGCUGCCGAUUCCGGCAGCCACCAUCCAAGGCUUGGCAGCUGGAUGUGA